UCACAUGUUAGACUGUUGAGCUGAGGUCCAGCCAGGCGGACAUUUUUUGCGAUGCCAUGCGCCCAUCUACGGCGGAACGGCGAGGUGGGCGCGGCGUGCCUGACCUGGAGAUGGCGCGCAAGUCAGAAGAGACUUCGCCCGUCCACUCCCCGGGCUCACCGCGAGAUCAUGGCUGGAGAGGACGCAGGCUCAACACCAUAGUGUCCCGGGUGAUGCUCGGCGUGAUGGUGCUUUUCCUGUUGGGCCUGAUUCCAGAACUCCUUCCUCACGGCAAUCUGGCAGCGCGCCGGAAGGAAGUGAUCAAGAAAUACAAGCAUAUCCAGGAAGAUUCCGAGGAUGUGCACGUCGCCGAGGAUGCGCCCCCAAGUGUGCAGGAGGAUGCGGUGCAUGUGGACAACGAUGGAAGGGGAAACUCAAAGGAGGAGAAGGAGCGCAGCUCCACUACUGUGGAUGAGGACCUUGUGCGGGUUGGAGUUGAGACGGAGGGCGCAAAGGAACGCCAGCCGGAAUCUACACGGGCAGAAGACCCGGACCUUGUGCGUGUUGGAGUUGAGACGGAGGACGCAAAGGAACGCCAGCCGGAAUCUACACGGGCAGAAGACCCGGACCUUGUGCGUGUUGGAGUUGAUACGGAGGACGCAAAGGAACGCCAGCCGGAAUCUACACGGGCAGAAGACCCGGACCUUGUGCGUGUUGGAGUUGAUACGGAGGACGCAAAGGAACGUCAACCGGACUCGACAACAGAAGCAGACCAGGAUCUUGUGCGUGUUGGAGUUGAGAUGGAGGGCGCAAAGGAACGCCAGCCAAACAACGAACGCACGGAAGCAGACCAGGAUCUGGUGAACGUGGGAAUUGAGACAGAGCGCUCAAAGGAGAGCGAGCCAGUCUCCACCAGUGUCCAAACAACCCAGGAGAUCGGCAAGACUGAUCCAGAGGCGAUUGGCAAUGGAGUGGGUGAAGUGAGAGAACCUGCUGGGUCACCUGGGUCACCUGGGUCACCGUCACCUGGAUCCGAGGUGGCACAGGAAAAGCCUGUGGCAUCACCAGAACGCCCUGCCCAGCAAACUGCAGCGCUGGACGAUGGCAGCCUGGGUUUCACCGCGGUGCAGGAGCUGCCAACACGACCGCCUUUGCCCGUGGAAUCCAUUCCCACUGAAGCACCUGGUGGACAGGCUGCAGAUCUCCACCCCGAAGAGUCGCAGCCUUCCACUGCGGCGCCAGCUGGAGAGGUCAGGGGAGAAGUCAGGAUGGAAGGAGGGUCACCAGUUGCAGAGACAUCAGAAAGACCUGCAGCAACAUCCGAAAUACCGAAACAGGCAGCAGAAGUCCACACGGAAUCAGGUGAAGCGGCUUCUACCACAGCUCCAUUGAAAGAAACAUCAGCCAAACAGGCUGGUGAUAGUGGCGCUGAAGUCAGGGUCGAAGCAGCGUCACCUGUUGCGGAGACAUCAGAAAGACCUGCUGCAACAGCGGAAAUACCGAAGCAGGCAUCAGAUGUUCACGUGCAAUUGGGUGACGUGGCUUCUACCACAGCUCCAUUGAAAGAAACAUCAGCCAAACAGGCUGGUGAUAGUGGCGCUGAAGUCAGGGUCGAAGCAGCGUCACCUGUUGCGGAGACAUCAGAAAGACCUGCUGCAACAGCGGAAAUACCGAAGCAGGCAUCAGAUGUUCACGUGGAACUGGGUGACGUGGCUUCUACCACAGCUCCAUUGAAAGAAACAUCAGCCAAACAGGCUGGUGAUAGUGGCGCUGAAGUCAGGGUCGAAGCAGCGUCACCUGUUGCGGAGACAUCAGAAAGACCUGCUGCAACAGCGGAAAUACCGAAGCAGGCAUCAGAUGUUCACGUGGAAUUGGGUGACGUGGCUUCUACCACAGCUCCAUUGAAAGAAACAUCAGCCAAACAGGCUGGUGAUAGUGGCGCUGAAGUCAGGGUCGAAGCAGCGUCACCUGUUGCGGAGACAUCAGAAAGACCUGCUGCAACAGCGGAAAUACCGAAGCAGGCAUCAGAUGUUCACGUGGAAUUGGGUGACGUGGCUUCUACCACAGCUCCAUUGAAAGAAACAUCAGCCAAACAGGCUGCUGAUGGUGGAGAAGUGUUGGUUGAAGGUGGGCUGUCCAUGACCGGGCAGGGCUUGCCGCCACAGGCCUCGGACAUCCAAGUGGAUUCCUCGGAGUCUGCCGGCAAGGACACUGGCUUUCUUCAGAGGGUGGAGACAGCUGCCGUGAAAGCAGGAGAAGGCCUGCUGCGCGAAGCGAGUGCUGAGGGAGCCAGUGCGAUUAAGAAGGUCGCACAGGAGGCGGUCGAGGAGGCGGCUGAGCUGGGAAAAGUGCUGAGCACGGCGGCGGAGAAGACGGGAGAGGCAUUGGCGGAGGAGGUGAUUGCCGUGAAGCAAUCGGUGAGUUGAGAGGUGCUAGAUCUGACAGCGAGUCAGC